AUGAGAGUUGCCGGCAGCACUCGCGCUGCCUUACGUCAAGUUCUGCUAAGUCGGGACUUGGCGGACCAAACCGAUGCAGUGCUCGACAAAGCCGUACGACUUGCCAGGCAAGAAGUGGGAAGGAGGCGGCCCACCAAUCUCGAAGAAGAGCGUUCCGCUUUCUCAGCUGCACUCAGCGGGCUUGGAGGCUUGACGCAGCCAUACGAGAUUGAUUGGGAAGUCGAAGAUUUCAGCUCGCUGAUGUGGGAAUUGUGGUCAAGUGCGACGCAGGGCACUCAGUCAGCGACGCGUCUUCCAUGCUUGUCAGAAGACGAAGAGGCCUGGCAAGAGUCAUGUGCAGAAUUGCUGGAAGCAUUGCGAGCAAGCCAGACUUGGCCGCUGGCUAAAUGGCGUUUGAGAGCUGUCGGGAUAUGCUGGUUGUUGGCAGUUUUGUGCAUCGCUGCCAUCAAAUACGGAACGUGGACUGGCCGCCAGCGACUCGGCUUGGUGUGCGGCAUUGGAAUGUUUCCGUUGUUCGGUGAGCUGUUGCGCAGAUAUACCUUCGACACCACCGACUUGCAGUUCACCCAGCCGAGCAAGCUGAAGAUGCCUACAGUGAGACGCAUUUUGCUGAUUUCUUUCCUCCUGGAGUUUUCCGGUCGCGAGAUGGAUGAGCAAGUGUUGGAUUUUGACGGCUUCGAAAUCCCAGCUGUCCCGACGCUUCAAGGUCUUCCACAGGCAAACUUCGCAGCGACCAUCCUCGGCGAGGCGUGUCACAUCCUCGUUAGGCAUAGUGCUUUCUGGAUCUGUAUGCUGCUUCUUCUGGCUCAGUGCUUUCAGUGGGGCUUCUUCGAACAGCUAACUCGCUUGUUGGCUUCCGUGGCUUUGGUCUCAGAGCGAGCCUCGGUAGCAGCAACAGUGGUUUUGGAUCAUGGCGCCGAGCUGGCCUUCACCACUUCUUCAGCGGUUAUUGCCUUCACCACUGGUUCGCUCGACCUCAUGCGCACCACGUGGCUUGGCGUGGAUCUUUUGGACCUCCGCUGCACUUCCACGGAAUGGGUGCUGAUGGCUCGGUGUUGGCGGAUUGGCUCAACUCUGAGCGGGCAUGCCGCCACACGAACCAACCGCUCCGAGGUGCUCAUUCUGUGGGCUUCACUGGUUACUUCUGUCGGCGUUGCGCUUCCACAUAUCGCAUCAACGGCUUCAGAUUUGGAAGUGGAUGGCCUGUUUUGGACGGCUACUGGUUCGGCUUACGUGCUGCCCAACGGGAACCUUAUGUUUGCAUUCCGGUACGUUGAGGUGCGAUUUGUGCCCCAGUGGGCCAAUGCGCUGUGGCAAGCCCUCAACGUGGACAUCACGGCACAACAUGAUCAAAUCCAACGCCUGGUCACUAACGUCAGCGCCUCCCUGCCGGCUACAUCCCAUCCCUUUGCCAGCGCUACGGUGGUGGAUGUGUCGUGGAUGCAUCCGUCCAUGCGGCUUUGGUUGUAUGCUCAAGUAUUCCUCCGCGCCGUGAUGCUACACUUUCGGUCCUUGCUGACUGUGUUGGCCACCUUACGGGGAUGUGGGCUCAUGGUGGUGGUGCUUCUUGCGGGCACGGGAGGUCUUCUCUUUCGAGCGCCUUGCAGUUUUCAGUCAGUGUGGCGGUCAUGGACUGUCAUGGGCCCGAGGGGGUUCCGGGCAGUAUGGCGGUCAUUCAUCAGUGCGUGUCAGACUCUUCGAUGA